AUAGAAACCCAGAAAGCGCCAUGGCUGCCGCCGGCCAGGCCGAAGAGAGUUGUCCACUGCCGGCGGCAGCCUCAUCCAAGCAGACCUCAUCUUCUAUACAGCCAGCAGUUCCCUCCAGAAGGAAGCCUAAGAAAGGUCUGGUGUAUCCGCAACCCCCGAGGAGCUCUCGCCUGCCUCGUUGUGUCCUGCUCUGGCUCCAGGGCCUGGAUCUCACCUUCUUUCCUAGGAACGUCACCAGGGACUUUUCAAAUGGCUACCUAAUUGCAGAGAUAUUCUGUAUAUAUUAUCCCUCGGAACUUAGAUUAUCAUCCUUUGAAAAUGGAAUGUCCUUAAAAGUCAAGUUGGAUAACUGGGCACAGAUAGAGAAGUUUCUAGCCAAAAAAAGAUUUAAACUGCCUAAAGAACUAAUCCAUGGAACAAUUCACUGUAAACCUGGGGUGCCUGAAAUACUGAUGCAGGAGGUUUACACUUUACUAACACAUCAAGAGGUUAAAAGCAUCCAGGAUGACUACGCCAAUUUCACAGACUAUAGUUACCAAAUGCGUUUGCCCCUUGUUCCCAGGUCGACAAUUUCAAAGUCUAUUAAAGAUAACAUUAGGUUAUCUGAAUUGCUAAGCAAUCCUAACACACUCAAGGAUGAACUCAAAAUAGAAUUCCUUUGCCUUUUACAAAUGUUGCAAAGAAAAUUAAGCAGAAAAUUGAAUCCAGAGUGGUUUGAUGUCAAACCAACAGUGGGAGAAAUCACAAUCAACCAUCUUCCUGUCAGUAGCUAUGGGCACAGAUACAAAAGAAGGGUUUCAAAGCAAAGAAAGUCAUCUGUUUUAUCAAAAUCAGGUAAUAAUGUCAUCUCACGUAAAGAAAUUCAAGUAAAGCAAAGUGGAAUACCUUCGGAGUCCAUUCCAAAACCUGUGAGAAACGUGGAAGAAAUAACAAAAUGCACAUGUGAAUUGGUUUCGAAGAAGUGCUGUGACUAA